AUGACGAUUUCUGAGAUAUCCAUUCCCGAAAUGCAAUGGGCUCAAGUGGCCGAGAAGGUCGGAGGCCCGCUUGUCUACAAGCAGAUUCCGGUACCCAAACCAGGUCCCGAUCAGAUCUUGGUCAAAAUUCGAUACUCUGGCGUUUGCCAUACCGAUCUGCAUGCUAUGAUGGGUCACUGGCCGCUCCCUGUCAAGUUCCCCCUGGUUGGUGGACACGAAGGCGCUGGUGUUGUUGUGGCCAAGGGUCCUUUGGUCACUGGAUUUGAGAUCGGUGACCAUGCUGGUCUCAAGUGGAUCAAUGGGUCUUGUUCUGAAUGUGAAUUUUGUCGCCAAUCCGAAGACCCUCUGUGUGCAAAUGCACAACUUUCAGGUUAUACUGUUGACGGCACCUUCCAACAAUAUGCUGUCGGCAAAGCUACUCAUGCCUCGAAAAUUCCAAAGAAUGUGCCUCUUGACGCAGCUGCUCCUGUUCUCUGCGCUGGUAUCACGGUUUAUAAGGGCUUGAAGGAAUCUGGAGUCCGUCCAGGUCAGACUGUGGCUAUCGUUGGAGCAGGUGGUGGUCUAGGGUCCCUCGCGCAGCAGUAUGCUAAAGCUAUGGGGAUCAGAGUUAUCGCCGUGGAUGGAGGUGAUGAGAAGAAAGCCAUGUGUGAACAGCUUGGAACUGAGACUUACGUUGACUUCACUAAGUCGAAAGAUUUGGUGGCUGAUGUGAAAGCGGCGACUCCGGAUGGCCUUGGAGCACAUGCGGUUAUUCUGUUAGCAGUCUCUGAAAAGCCUUUCCAGCAGGCCACAGAAUAUGUUCGUUCCCGCGGAACAAUUAUCGCCAUCGGCCUGCCCCCGGACGCGUUCCUCAAGGCUCCUGUUUUUAACACAGUAGUCCGCAUGAUCAGUAUCAAGGGUAGUUACGUUGGAAACCAACAGGAUGGUGUGGAGGCUCUCGACUUCUUUGCUCGAGGCUUGAUCAAGGCGCCGUUCAAGCUCGCUCCUUUGGAGGAUCUUCCUAAGAUCUUUGAGCUUAUGGAGCAAGGCAAAAUUGCUGGUCGCUACGUGCUUGAGAUGCCUGAGUAA